AUGAUAAGAUUACUUGAUAGGUACAUACAUGCCAACCGUGAUGUGGAUCGCGAGCACGCGGAACGUGGCUUUGUUUUUAGUCCAAUUUUUGUGUCUGUUUUUAGUGAGGGUCCAUGGUGUUCCCGCCUGGUGUGGAUCGGUUUGGAGGAUGACGAUUUCGGAGGGUAUUGA